GUGUCGUGGAGGCCCCGAUGCUGAUCCGCCUGGUGAACGGCUCGGGCCCGCACGAGGGCCGCGUGGAGGUGUACCACGACCGGCGCUGGGGCACCGUGUGCGACGACGGCUGGGACAAGAAGGACGGGGACGUGGUGUGCCGCAUGCUGGGCUUCCGCGGCGUGGAGGAGGUGUACCGGACGGCCCGAUUCGGGCAAGGCACGGGGAGGAUUUGGAUGGACGACGUCGCCUGCAAGGGCACAGAGGACACCAUCUUCCGCUGCAGCUUCUCCAAAUGGGGGGUAACAAACUGUGGUCAUGCCGAGGAUGCCGGGGUGACGUGCAAUAGAUACUGA